CAGGGUGAAGAACCAAAAAAGAAUGAUAAUUAAUUAAAAGAAAAAAAAAAGUUGUGACCAAAAAUUACAAGAGAAAAUAUUGCGAAACUGGGUGGCCGUACAGUGUCCUCCCAACCGCUGUUCCCGCGCUUUCACAAAACAGGCAUUGAAAACCUCCACUAAGAUUAGCUCAUGGAUCUGCCUUCUCCAUUCGGAUUUCUACUCACUCCCUCUCUGUAAAUUCAUCCUGAUUAUUCGCUUUAGCAAUCAGGUUUUGAUUGACUGGUCUCCGGCACCGAUCUCCCCUCUCCUCUCCGGCCCCCGUCGAUCAAAACCUGCUUCUCCCACCUCCUCAAUUUCACUUACUUGUAGCUUUCAGAAUCAUACGGUGAAGCUUUUCUCUGCAUUUGAAGCGCAGGUGUAGGACCAUCGAUUUUUGCGGUUGGAGUUUUUUUUCUCGAGAUCGGGUAGUUAAGUUUUGAGUUUAUACUAGCUAAUUGAAAAAUGGGCACCUCUGUAAAGGGCCUCUUAAAAGGACUAAGAUACAUUUCACAGAUUUUUGAUGAAAAAGAACCAGAAAUGCAGAUUGGCCUUCCAACUGACGUUAAGCAUGUUGCUCACAUUGGAUGGGACGGUCCAUCUGCUGGUGGUAAUCAAAAUACACCUAGCUGGAUGAACGAGUUCAAAUCUUCGCCACGAGCCCAAAACUCAAGCGAUUUGGUUAAUUCUAUUGGGGAACUUGAUCUUUCUUCUGCCAAUAUCCCCGCCCAAGAGUCUGAAGAGCAAGAUGUCCAAAAGGCAGGUCGAGCUCCAAAGUCAAAACGCCAAACUUCAACAGAAUCUUCAUCCUUAGACUCUUCUUCUACUCGGCGGAACUCUGAGAAGGGUGCCAGACGACAACGCUCAUCGUGCCCUCCAGGCGACGCCACUCCCCAGGAAGGUAGUUCUCGAAGUUCAAGGCGUCGUCGUGGUUCAACUGAAUCAGGCUCGGAAAAUCCCAUCCCAAAACACUCGAAUCGGAGGAAAUCUAAGGGGUCAUCUGACGGUGGUGAAUCAACAAGAUCAACUAAAUCAUCAAGAUCAAGAGACCAUUCUCUAACAGACAUACCUCUCCCAGCUUUGGAAGCAGUUGACGAAGAGAGGGGAUGAGCAGAAUUCCAGACAAGGAACGAAUAUGGCAUUCUAGUUGGGCUUGCUGCUUCAAAUGAUUCCUUGUCCGAAUUAAGGACAAGAUUUUGUUACCUUGGAGAUGAUAUGAUUUUAGCUUCAGUAAUCAGUUAUAAUUUUAUUACCAAGAAAGUUGUUUUGUUACAUGUACCCAACACUCAUUCUUGACAAGAAUGUCCCACUUGUAAUCUGAAUUUUGAAUUUCUACUUAUUCUGCACCCCUUUUCAAUACAGUGGUAUGAUCUGAUCAUCAUAACUCACUGAUAUUGACUGAACUGUUGUAGUCACAAUAACAGCACUUAGAUAUUCAAAUUUGUUGCAUAUUUCUGUA